UGGAAAAGAAAAAAAGGGAAAAUCCCAUUGAUAAUGAUUAUGACAAUAACGAUGGCGAGGACGAGAAAUAAUGAUAAUAAGCAAACCAAAAAAAUAAAAAAAUAAAAAACUGCUGGACUCGCGCGGCCCACCGCGAGAUUUUUGAUUGGUUGUCGCGAAGAGGGGGUGGGGUGUUAUGAGAAUUCGUACUAGGAGGGUAGGGAUUGUUGAAUGAGUAGCGGAACGCUCGGCUUUCCCUCGCACUUGGUCGCAUCUACCCCAACAGUUAACCGGGAACCGAGUGUAUAGUCAAUACGGUUCCGUCCCGAAUUCAUUCCGAGAGUGUAUGCGGAGGAAGUGGAUGCGAAAGUCGAACGAACGAACGAACGAUCCACGUAUUCCGAAAAGGCAAAGGCGAGCGGAAACGCAACUUUUUGUUAGCGCAGCGAUAUUACGACGAUAAUUAGAAAUUGAUUGUACGACACGCUCAAGUGUCACAAAUACGAAAUAUCCAAUAAGUAUGGAGAUAGUUUCUAGAUUGCUCUUGAUAUUCAUAUUAAAUAUAUUGUGUACAAUGACGGGUUAUGCAGCGCCAUUAUUAGAUGCAAAAAACACUUGGAACCAAAAGGUUUUUGCACCUAUAAUAAAGGCAGCAUGUUCCUCCGAUGGACAAUGUUGGGGAUGGUUACCGAAAUCAGGAACAUAUGACAACAACGUCAUUGUAUCCGAACAAGAUAGCGAUAUCUCAAGCAGAUUGCAAUCUCGGCGUCAAGUUACAAACCCGGUAUCCGAAAUCAUGUUAAGAUCGUGGAAAGGUAGCAUGUCGGAAGAGAUAGGGCGAGAAGUUCGAGCGCCCUUGCCAAUUAUUAAUAAACAGAUACCGACUAAAAUCAUGAAGAAGGAUGUAUUUAUGUCUCGUGGCUGGGGCGCCGGUGGCAUGCCGUUUUCCGUACUGUACAUGAAUCCACGAUCAAAUCACGCAGUUACAACAUCGGCAUCUCAACGGCAAGAAUCCGGUAUGACGACCGAAAGUUCAACAACAUUUGUAGAACAUCCUAAUUCGCGCAUCGCUCCACGAAAUGGUCAAUCUACUGUACAACCGAGAAGACAAUAUUGGACCAUACCACAGCUUUUUAUAUCGUAUGGUUGGGGCCCGUUCGGGAAAUAGAAACGAAUAACGAUGAUGUAUUCAAUAUCAAAAUAUCAUCUUGACGAAAAAGAAAAGAGAGAAAAGAGAAGAGAGAGAUAGAGCAAAAAGAAAAAGGAAAGAGAAAAAUAUAUUGAUCUUUAUAUUUUAAAAAUGUACAAAUAGCUUCUUAAUGUAAUUGCUAAUAUUUUUUUAUAAUUGUAAUCAAUUCGUUUUAAUACUUGAGACUGUAAUUUUUACAUCUCUUUUUUUAGAUAAUAUUUUCUUUAAUAUAUCAUUUCACAUAACAAAUUUGUACUUUUAAAUUCUAAACAUAUUGCAUUCACAUUAAGCAAGCGAUAACAUUUGAAAGCUACAUAAAAAUAUCCGUAUUAUAACUAAAAAAAAAUUUUGUCCAAUACAAGCAGUCCAUAAAAAAAAAAAAAUAAAUACUUG